UUUCUCUUCUCAUUGCGUUGUUACCUUUGAGUGCAGCUUCUGCAAUAAAAUAAAAUUUAAUAAAAAUCUUUGAAGAUGAGGGCUGUCUGCUUAACCCUAUUCCUCCUCUCAGAAGUUUAUGGCCGCAUUGAGGAGAGUAUAAUUCAGACCAAUGCCCUGGUGACAGCUCGGCUUGGAGAGAAUGUGACUCUCCAGUGUUUCUAUCCCGCAAGUAUCCCCAGUGUCAGCUGGUUUAAGCAGUCUCAUGGGCAGAUGCCCCAGCUUGUAGCAAUGAUAAUGCACACUGCAUCAGAUGCUAUAUUUGUCGAAGAUUUUAAAGACCAUAAACGUCUCCUGGCUACAGCAACAAAAGGGAACUUUAACCUGACUGUCUUGCAAGUAGAGCCAUCAGAUUCGGCAACAUACUACUGCGCCAUCGCACGGUUCGGUGAGAUUAAAUUUGGGAAUGGAACUAUUUUAAUGGUGAGAGGGCCAGAGUCCCAGAGCAGGACAGUAGUGCUGCAGCAGCCCGAGUCUGAGUCAGUGCAGCCAGGAGACUCUGUGACUCUGCAGUGUACAGUACACACUGAGACCUGUGCAGGAGCACACAGUGUGCACUGGUUCAGACCGGGCUCAGGAGAGUCCCCUCCAGGAAUCAUUCACACCCAUGGACACAGGAGUGAUGAGUGCCAGAGGAGCUCUGGGACUGUGUCUCCCACACAGAGCUGUGUCUACAACUUCCCCAAGAGGAACCUCAGCCUCUCUGAUGCUGGGACUUACUACUGUGCUGUGGCCACCUGUGGGGAGAUCUUGUUUGGGAAUGGGACAAAGCUGGACAUUGAGGUUUACCCAGGAGUUGUGACCUUCCUUUCCUGGCUGUCCAUCCUGAGGACCGGGGUUCUUUUUGGCGUUGUGACAAUAUGUGUCAUCAUCUACCAUUUCAGAAGGCCAAGCUAAGAUCAGAACCAUCAAGAUGAAGAUGAAUUACGCUGCUUUGACUUUCACCACCAAGAAACCCAAAGUGAGG